AUGCUGACAAAUUCCAAUCCGUAUAUUGACUUUCCUCGACCAACCCUUCAUAAAACCGUUGCUAUAGGAGGGAUCACCGUUUCCGCUGACUUAAGGAGAAAUAGGCUUCCCGAGAAAUGGGAUACGAUUCUUAAUGAACGCAAUCACACGGUACUGGUGUCCUUUGGUUCGGUGGCAAAAGCAGUUUACAUGCCUGAUAAAUAUAAGAAAACGUUGUUGAAAGUCUUUGAAAGUAUGCCCGACACAACAUUCAUAAUGAAAUAUGAAGAGGAAAAAGACACGUGGGCAGAUCACCUUUCUAAUGUUCAUCUCGACGUUUGGCUUCCUCAACAUGCCCUUCUUGGUAAGUGA